UAUUUCGUGCUAUUGCCGUAAUCAUCAAGUAUCAUUUUAAUAUAUCAUUUAUCAAUCGUUUGAGAGUAGAACUACAACUACUACACCGAAUACUGGCAGUAGUACACAUUAUACAGUUGUACGGUACAGACGUACAGUAUUAUUUCAUAGUCAUACUGAUUACGGACGGCAACAGACCUGGUGAGAGUAAAUCGUAAAUGUGUUAGUUACCUGGUACUUAAUUGUCACUAAACGGGUUAUUGGUGUGCGGUCAAGUUAAGAAUUAACAUUUUCAGAUUUUUUCGAGGAAAAAUUUAUAGCUCAUUACUGUACAUGGGAUUAUGGAAUAAAGUUUAUUCACUUCCUGUAUAUUAUGCCACUGUUUUAAUAUUCGAUAUUUGAUCCAUAUCAAUUUGGGUUAAUCUGUAACCUAAAAUUCGGUGAUUUUAAUUAAAUUAUUGUAUUAUUGGCUAUUCGAAUGUAAUGAGAUCAAAUCAUGGUGGAAAACUCAGUGAAAGAAUGGUUAUCAGAGUUUGCCACAUUGGAAAAAGACGACUGGGCAACAUUUGCUAUAACAACAUCACAGAAUAAGACGCUUAUAGAAUCAAUAUAUGCUGUACUUGAUGAUAUUCAUAAAUAUUCUAAGUUAGUUGAUCGUAUUUGUGGUGCACUUUUUAAUUGUUAUCGAACUGAAGAAACAGAUUUACAUUUAUUUGUUCUACUAUUUAUACCGCACUUAACAUACAGUUAUCUUAAUUCUAUUGCCCAUGUUGACAAGCAAAGCUGUCGUAGCAUUGAAGCAUUACUAAUUGGAAUUUACAAUCUUGAAGCUGUAGAUGAAAAUAAUACACCUAGAUUUAUAUCAUUUCGUUUGCCAUCAUUAGCUCAGCCAUCUAUUUACCAUGAACCUAGUAGUUUGGCUCCAACUUCAUUAACAGAGACUGCCAUUCGUCGCUUAGAACAAAGAGACACACACCCAGUCCGCCGAGGGCCAUUUAAUCAAAUUGAAAGACUAUCUGCGUCUAAUAGAAUGGAAGUUCUUAGUAAUUUAUAUUUCAUUUACUACAAAAAUUUAAACCUCCUGCCAGAAGUAUAUGAUCCAUUUGAUCGUUUUUAUAGAGUUACAUCUAAAAUGGUUACUCAGGGUUAUUUCAAUAAGCGUUCAACAUCAUUCAGUAAUUCUGAUAUAUCAACAUCAACAACAUUACCACGUAUCCCACUUUCUCCCAAAUUCUUGAUUCAUCUACUCUACUGCUUAUAUAUUUCAAUAUUUAACUGUGGAAAAGCGGAAGCGUUGCAAGCUUUAGAAGAUAUUUAUUACCGUGCAUGUUACAGUUGUUAUUGUGAAGUGAUAUUAUUAGCAAAUGCAAUUAAAAAUUCUUGUCAAGGAUUUUUUGAAGGUGGACAAUCAGCUAACGUAUCAUCAGUGGGUACACCUGUAAGCAGUAAUACUUGUAGCACACCAGUAUCUAAAUCAAUGAUAACAAACGCAUCAUUUAGAACUAAAAAGUUACCCGAUGACAUUCCAAUUCAAAAUAUUCAAGGAACUUUUGAUGAAAGUUCUGAUGCUGCUGCAAAUUUAUCAUCAAUAACAGAAGAAACUAAUGAUUUAAAUAAUCCAAGUGCUGAAUCAGUACCAGUUAAAAGGAGUUUACCAAAAAUCGCUGCUAAUUUUGGCAAAAAAACUGCUGAAAAAAUAGCUACUGCUGUAAAAAAUUCAGGAAAUAUAAAAACUUCAAAGUUAAACACUCAAAAUGGUUCAGACAUUUAUGAAACUGACGAAAGUGGUAUAGAUCUAGCUGGGUCUGACAUAUCUGAUUCUAAAACUGGUUUAGGACAUGAUGAUCGUUCUACUAUGACACCAUUAUUAAAUAGAAGAAAUCCCAGUAUGUCUGUUGAAUUAGAAUCUUCUAGAUCAAUUCAGAUGGAGAGUACAGCUUUAUGACUUGCAAUACAAUUAUUUAUUAUAUUGGGCCUAUGGACAAGGAAGUUUGGUUUGGUGUGAUUUUCUUAUAUUGUAUCAAAAUUAUUUAAUAGACCUAGAAUUUUAUUGUGAUAAUCAAGAUUAAAUGUUUAUAUAAUUUUAUCUUAUACUGUAUGUACUUAAUUAAUUUUAAUCUUAUUAUUGAAAUUGUUAUACUGUACAUUAAUAACCAAUGUUAUAAUUUAAAUUAAAAUCUUCAAUAAUUU